CCUGCGCGGUGCUCUCUCUCUUUCUACACCGACUACCGAGUGAAGACGCUUCCUUUUGCCGCCAUCCUUCACCUAUCACACAGCCUGCAGACCAGACAGCAACACCAACCUGAACCUAGACAUGAGCUUCACAGUGGAGGAGAGGGGACAGCCCAACUCCCUGAGCUACCGCCUGUUCUUCAGAAAUGCUGAGGGAAAGUACGUCUCACCAUUCCAUGACAUACCAAUGUAUGCUGAUGAAAGUCAGAACAUCUUCCACGUGGUUGUUGAAGUACCAAGGUGGACAAAUGCAAAGAUGGAGAUCGCUACAAAAGACCCCAUGAACCCAGUAAAGCAAGAUGUGAAGAAGGGCAAAUUGCGAUUUGUUGCCAAUGUUUUCCCACAUAAGGGCUACAUAUGGAACUACGGAGCCAUUCCUCAGACAUGGGAAGAUCCCGCACACAAAGAUGGAGACACCGGCUGCUGCGGUGACAACGACCCCAUUGACGUCUGCGAGAUCGGCACUAAGGUGUGUUCCCGUGGGGAGGUAAUCAAAGUGAAGGUGCUCGGGAUCCUGGCAAUGAUCGAUGAGGGCGAGACUGAUUGGAAAGUGAUUGCAAUCAAUGUGGAGGACCCUGAAGCCAAGGACUUCAACAACAUCGGUGACGUCGAGCGACUGAAACCCGGUUACCUGGAGUCCACGGUCGACUGGUUCAGGAGGUACAAAGUGCCAGACGGGAAACCAGAGAACCAGUUUGCUUUCAACGACGAGUUCAAAGACAAGGACUUUGCCAUUGAAGUAAUCAAGAGCACUCACAAGUUCUGGAAAGCCCUCAUUUCCCAAAAGACCGAUGCUGGUGAACUGAGCUGCAAAAACACGUGUGUCUCGGGAAGUGACAGCCCGCACUGCUGUUCAGCGGACGAGGCUAAAGCUUUUGUUGGUGAAACAUGUCCCUGUGGAAAAGAAGAACCUAUCCCCUCUUCAGUAGAUAAAUGGUUCUACUAUGAGAGGAAGUAAACCGGGAGCCGGUUGGAUUGGAGCAGAUUGAAAGGCUCAUCUCUCAUAGGAAUACUUGAAGAUGGUCUUACCAAUAGGAACCAAUGGGAUGACGGGAUGGGACGUGGAUGGUCGGGUCUGGGCUGGCUUAUUCCCUGUAGAUGAAGAAAUAAUGAUUAAAUACUGUAGAGAAAGUCAAAAUUAAAAAAAAGUACUCAUAUCUUGACCAAUGAAUUUUCACGUAUUUAAAAGUUCUCUCUGAUGAUGUACUGUCUUAAACAAUGUCUGUAGAUACUCGUGUCAUCAUGUAUGAGACUCUGAACUGCUUUAAUAAAGCUUCUCUGGUUAAAUUAUCAUCAAA